AUGGCGCCGCAAGAGGAACCUUGCCGCAUCCUUGUCAUGGCCUCUGGCAACGGCUCAAAUUUCCAGGCAUUAAUAGACGCCAUCGCUAGCGACGUCAUUCCCAACAGCAGAAUCACUCGCCUGAUAGUGAACCGCGCAAAGGCAUUCGCUACCACUCGAGCAGAGAAAGCAGGCAUCCCAUGGGAAUACUUCAACCUGAUCAGCAACGGAUUCCUCGCAAAGGGGGAAAAGGAUGAGGCAAAGACGGCAGAGGCAAGGAAAAAGUACGAUGCUGCCUUGGCAGACAAGAUUUUGAAGCUGGACGAAAGGCCGGAAUUGAUCGUCCUGGCGGGCUGGAUGUGGGUGUUUUCGUCCGAGUUCCUGAGGCCGUUGGAAGAGGUGGGCAUCAAGGUCAUCAACUUGCAUCCCGCAUUGCCUGGGCAAUUUGACGGAGCUCAUGCGAUUGAGCGAGCUUACGAGGAUCUCAAGGCCGGAAAGAUCAAGUACACCGGUAUCAUGGUUCACUAUGUCAUUCAAGAAGUCGAUAGAGGUGAUCCCAUCAUGAUUCAGGAGAUUGGCUGGGAAGGAGAGGACCUUGAAGCUUUGGAAGCAAAGAUUCAUGAACACGAGCACGAGCUCAUUGUCAAGGCGACUGCAAAGGUGGUCAGAGAACUUAUUGAUGCUAGGAGAAAAUAA